GUUUCAAGUGAAUACGGUUUUCUUUUAAGGACAUGAAUUUCAUAGUUUCCUUAGAUAAAAAUAACUUUCAUACAUAUUUUGAAGAUUUUAGCGUUUAAACCAGGCAGCUGAGCUGCAUAAACACUGUUAACAAGCUAAAAAUCGAAAGACGCCCGUCAGCCUUCUUGGGUAUAUGACAGUGUCCCUGCAUUGAACUUGAGUGUCCCUUGCAUUGACAAGAACUUUAAAACUGGCUGUACAGAAGCAUAGAAAAAAGAAAAGAAAAGAAAAAGAAAAAUCCAGAGCCUCCUUUUAAGUGAGAAAAAGAAGGCAUGUAGGAAUUUAGGCUCUGCUUAUUCCCUUCUCUUUCGUCUUUGGUGUUUUAGAGAAACACCAAAAGAGGAGAAGUGAAAUGGAGACCAACGAUCACCCCAGCGCUGCUCAUGUUGAUAGUUUUCUGAAGUAUAUUCUUUCCUUAAAAAGAGACUAAAAGAGACCAAAACAUGUCAAAAAAUACUGCCCUGGAAACCUCAUAAGUACUACGGUGUGAAGAACCGUCUGCUCAGAACACGCAGUUGUCUUCAUACAGCUUAGAAACGUCUGAUACAGGAUAGCAGGUUUUGCUAUGCCUCUGACGGGGCCAGCAGAAACAAGUGUGGAUGAGCACCUGCCCAGCGCGGCCUUAAGGCCCCGUAGGAGGUCUGCUGAGUGCGCAGGUGACAGCUCGAGAGGCAGCCCCAGCCACGCCUCUGAUAGCGUGGAUUAUAGCAGGUCUCAGUGCUCCUGCAGAAGCUUAAGUCCGCGCUGUGAUUACUCAGAAGACUUUCUCUCUGACUGUUCUGAAACAGCUCCUCAUAGAAAUUUAGAGAAGCCUAUGAUAAAAGAGAAAAAGGACAAGAAGAAAGAGUAUAAUGUCUCUCAGGUGUCCCAACCUCAAGUUAACAGGUGUCCUCGUUACAGAGGACCACAGUCCUUGGAUUUCGCUGGCUUCCUGCCUUCCGUCUCCACUGAAGAACCGAGAUUUGAGUUGCCAGUGAGCUGUAAAUACCUGUCUCAGCCCCCCAGGAGGAUGGUCUCCAAGUCCGGCCACAAGGGACUCCCCAUCGAAAAAAGGCACAACUGGAAGGCACCACCUCUACGCUCUCAGAACACCGUGACCGCCCAGAGGAGAGACGCCGCCACUCACCGCGUCCUCUCCGCACGGCUGCACAAGAUUAAAGAGCUAAAAAACGAACUCUGCGACACACGUCGUCAUUUGGAAGCCACGGUCAUGGAAAAUCAAUUUCUGAAACAUCUUCAGAUUAGACACUUGAAAGCUAUAGGAAAAUACGAGCAUUCACAACAUAAUCUACCUCAAAUUAUGGUAAAACACCAGAAUGAAGUCAAAAAUCUAAGACAGCUACUUAGGAAAUCCCAGGAGAAGGAAAGAAGCGCAUCGCGGAAACUUCGAGAAGCCGACAGUGAGCUGCUUAAGACUAAAGAUUCCUUGCAGGCAUUGCAGAGACUUUCUGAAGACAAAAACCUUGCAGAGAGGGAAGAACUCACUCAAAGACUGUCUGUUCUCACAACAAAAAUGGAGGCAAAUGACGAAAAAAUACAGAGCUUGGAAAAACAGCUGAGGCUGAACAGCAGAGUCUUUAGUCGGCGGUUGGCCAUUGAGAACAGGAAAUUGUUAACAGCCCAGGCAGCUACAAAGACUCUGCAAGUGGAAAUAAAACACCUUCACCAAAAACUUAAGGAGAAGGAUCGAGAGCUUGAAGUCAGGAACAUCUACGCAAGUCGGAUACUUAAAAAUUUACAUGACAAAGAAGAGUAUCCAACAGUUUCUUCAACAAAAUCCGUACAAGCAGACAGACGCUUUUUGGUUACAAGCAUGAAACACCAGGCGACCCAAAAAUCGGAAGGCAUCUCACCUUUGACAACCAAGGGUAAAAAGAUAACCGGAAACGUUGUUCACGAAGAAAAAUCCGCUGAAACGCCGUGUGCGGCUCCUGCCUGUCCCGGCAAACCACCAAGCCCGCGGGAGGCCGAGAGGAAACAGGAAGAUUUCCCGAAGGAAGAGGACCACCCGGAAGCGAAAGCACGUCCCGGGGACACGGAGAGGCACGGGGAGAACACCAAGGCUCCCGAGCAGGAAGUCACUCUAGUGACAGAACAAGAGGUGCCACCACCCGGAGUUCAGGAGACUCACCCCGACAGGGAGGACACGUGGGAAGACGGCGCCGUGACGGAAAUGUCCCGAGGUCUGCAGGUCGGCGACGCGGCUGGGGGCCCCGAGAACAGCGCGGCUGCCAAGGUCAGAGCGCCCUGCCGGCCGCGGAAGCUGUACUCGUUCACGGCGGCCACGGAGAACCUGCACCUGGGCCUCCCCGCGUCCGGGGGCCCGGCCAGCGCGGGCAGGGCCCGCGGGCUCGCCGAGGGGCCGCGACCAGAACCUUCUGGAAGCGCAUACGAGCCCUCUUUCGGCAAGUCGUCCCGACCAAAAGCGAAAGACACCUUCAGGGAGAAGAAAAGCAGUCUCAUGGAGGAACUGUUUGGGUCGGGCUGUGCCCUUAAACAUGACCCGGCUGGCACGGCUGCCCCCGGUAAGGCGCCCCGUCCGCCUCCCAGUCGGGCCUCCGCCAGCAACGCUUUCGGAGAUUCCAAAGUCACCGUGGUGAACAACAUCAAGUCAUCUUCGCCGACCGAAGGGCAAAGGAAAAUAAUUCUUUAAAUAUAAGCAAUAUCCUAAUACAUUCUGAUCUGAUAUUCUCGUUCUCAUGUGCCUUCAAUCUUAUGUUAGAGAGAGAGUGUGUGUUGCAGUAUAUUAAACUGACUUUGCAUAACCAA